AUGAAGAACAAAAGGUCCUUUGAUUUCGCUCGGGCAAUUUAUGUAUCGUCACGCGAGUCACCGUCCGGUGCAGUGGAUCUCUCAUGGAUGCUUCACAACUCGUGGCGAUCAACAAUACCUUUGACUCCCUCAAACAGUGGAGGAACAGCCGCACAGCUGUUGAGAACGAUUUUGUUCCAAGUGUCAAACAAGUUAUGCCAAGCGCUGACUGAACCCUAUCACAAUUCUUACAUGACGGAUCGUGGAGAACAUUUGCUUGUUUUGUUCCAUGAACUGCAUAAAACACAUCCCAUGGUUCUGGGCCAGCUGCUUACCUGGACUGACCCGACGUCAGAGGCCAUUAUCGAAAGCUUGUAUGAGGAUGCGGUCAGAUACGGUGAUACGGCCCUGGUUUCCACACUUUUGGACGCCACAAAAGAUGCAAACGACCUUUUGAACCUCAAAAUAUCACAAAAGGUUCUCCAAUCCAAUGGUAAACUCCACUUAAGCUUGGAUAUCCAUAUCAGCACAUCAACGCCCUUGCAGUGGGCGGCUUCAGUCUGCGAUGUCAAAUUGGCUACCGUUUUGCUCAAGGCUGGGGCAAAACCAAACAUCGGAAAUCCUGCGCCUCUUGAGAUUCUGUGCUCGAACACAAAGGCUGAUGCUGCCGAUGUAUUACGAUUCGCUGAUCUCCUAAUUCACUUUGGCGCACUGGUUGAUAUAUGUACGGAUGGGUGGCUUUCCCCUCUGAUGGGGGCAGUAUUAUCCGAGAACAAAGAUCUCGUCAGAUUUCUCUUGCAGUCUGGAGCUACGGAUGUCAUCAAGCCGGCGACGCGGUAUUCCGAAACAGGGAUGAUACAUGACUUGUUUCUGACUGAAGAUUACAAAUUCAUGUUUCCAGAAACAGACAGAACAAUCGACUCAGUGUCAGCUUUGCAAAUAUCCAUGGUGGUCAAUAAUAGCACAAUCACGGACAUGCUCAUUCAUUCAGUCUCGAGUCAAGAGGGCGGGAAUAAAAUAUUGGAGUGGGCUCUUGUCACUGCUUGCGUGGCGGGCGAAGAACACCUGGUGAAACGACUACUGGCUCAUCUUCAAGCUCAUUUUCACGACAAAAUUAGCUUGUCCAACGAAAUGAUUUUGGCGACAGCGUGGAAUAUGGACUGCCGGAUUGCACGACUCUUGAUAGACCACAGCACUGUGCGAAGAGAACUUCAAAACUUAUCUCUGUCGCUUUUCCAGGCAGCAGCACUACAUGGCAAUAUUCCUCUGAUCAAUUUUCUGGACUCCGAAGGGUUUGAUGUCAACUCUGGUCUGGCCUUGCAGUUCAGAUUGUGGGACCGCAAAGAAUACGACCUCGCAAAAGGUCAACCGCCGCCACUUGCGUCAACUCCCAUGGGGUGCGCCGUUUGGAUGGAUCAUAAAGACGCCAUAGAAGUUUUGUUGGCUAUUGGGGCCGAUGUGGCUGGAAUUCAUCUCGUAUGUGCAGUACGAAGCGGGCCUCAUAAUUUAGUAUCUCGAGUACUGGAGAGAUGCAAUAAUGUCGACGAGUUAUGGGACGGGCAACGUGCCAUUGAUGUCGCUAUCAGAUAUUGUAGAGGAAUGGCGCUUAUCGGCAAGCUCAUCGACGCUGGCGCCAUUCUACACGGCCACGAGCUUGUCGAUGCAGUGCGAAGUGAUGACCGAGAGGUCGUGCAUUUUCUCUUGCCGAAAUUCGAUGUACUUGCAACCAACAAAGGAGGAGAGAACGUCCUAGAAGCGGCCUGCUGCACUGGAAACCUUGAUUUGAUUCGAUACUACUUUAUUUGCCGAGGGGCUUAUAGCUCUAGAGCAAUGUUGCUCGCAGCCAGCAGGGCUGCCAAGACACACGACUACCACACUGUCGAUUACCUAGUGACGACCCGACCACCUGGACCCAUCGACGAUUACGAGGCCAGCGCACUCGCUCUUUCCAUUCGAAUGGAGGACUCAGUACUGGUCAACAUCUUGAUCAGCGAUCAAUUUGGAUUGAGUUCCGCUUUGUCUAUCUACUGCUAUUGUCCCAGAUUAGGCGAAUGGCGACGAGGAAUUGGUGAAAUUAAAGAACAUGUGUACCCACUCGACUACGAUAACCACAGCAUUGGCAUUGGGGAUCUCUACAAGACCGAUUGCACAAGGGGACUCAAGUGCUAUCGACGUUUUUCACCGGUGUUGGUUGCUGCACUUAUGGGGCAAGGAUCACUUGUAAGAACGAUGCUUAAUCGUGGGCACCUCCCUGACGCAUUACUUGUCAGAAAUGGCUAUGAGUCAUCCGACAUCUGCCAAGAAACCCGAGAUAUGAUCUUAACCGCCUACAGUUCACGAAUCCCUCUCAUUAAAGAUCAAGAGUGGAACGAACGCCUUCUUACAGUGACGCUCAAACACAACGCCGAUACCAAGAUCGUCCAAGAACAUCUCAACAACUUAACUUCACUGGAGUUUUGGCAUUGGGAUUACGGUGCCCCUUCAACGAAUGACCGAUCUAGUCCACUGGAGUGGGCUGUUCGUUCUGACAGGCUUGAACUCGUUGAGCUCUUUCUAAAAGCAGGAGCGAAUCCCAAAGGGCAAGACCCCGAAAGGCCUGAUUAUGAUGCGUUCACCCUUGCGAUCAUAAGGGGGAACCUGGCAAUUGCAUCACUACUACUAGAUAAAGGUGCUGACAUCAACACUUUGGAGUGUGCAGCACUUUCCUUUGCUACAAUACGAGGAGACCUUAGAGCGAUGACCUUUUUGCUUCAAAGGGGCGCCGACCUUAAUUCACCAGGAACGAGCGCCGGACCCCUGCAACUGGCAGCGAAUCUGGGAAUGAUAGAUGCUGUCGAGUUAUUACUCACAGCUGGUGUGGAUAUUUAUGGGCGAAGGAGAAUACAUUUCAUAAGGGCGGUAAGAUACGCUACCGAAAGAUGCCAUUAUGCGUUGGCGAAGCUUCUCAAGGAACGUGGCGGUUGGACUAAACAGGAUCAGGACAUUUCGAAAACGCCACGCGCAGCACAGUACGGUCAUGCUGAUAACUGUGCUCGCUUUUUAUAUGACGAUCCGUCUCUGGAGCCGUGUGAACUUUGCCCAGUGGAGUCAAAAACACCAUCAAGCCCCUCCAGUGAUGAUGAAUGCAUUAUCUCUGAUCCUAUAGGUCUGGUGGCAAUUACUGAACAACUUGAGGAUCAGGAAGUAGGUCCUCUGACCGACGAAUUGUUGAUAUUGGAACUUGAACCCGACAUCAUUGAACAUGGACGGAUCACAGAAUCAUUCGACUGGCCUCUUGUUCCAUAUGGUCCCCAGGACAGGGAACUGGAUAACAUUGUUCAAGGGCUUCUCCUGGAGGACGGUAUGAUUAUUGAUAUGGAAUGA